UGAGUUAGGAAUUUGUGCAUUAUUAAGAGAUGUAUAUUAGAUCUUUUUUUUUAAUCUCUUUAAUCUGUGUGGUUUUGGUGGACUUAGUGAUCCACUUAAGUAUUUUUAAAGGCUUUUUGCAUCUAGUACAUCUAGGAAGUUCCUAUUGGUUGUUUUACCUUGGAGAGAAAAGUUUCCUUUGAGUGCCAUUUUGGCCCUUCUUGUGUUUCCCAUCUUAGCCACGGUUGUAAUUUGGGUAUCUCUUCAUAGAUUUAACUAGGAGUAAAUUUCUGAAUUUGUGUGUGUUUCUCUCUGACCCAACAUUUCUCAAGGUUUUUAUUUUAACUUGGAUUAAUUUUUCUCUCAGAUGUCUUGGUGCCCUCUUUCCUUGGUUGCCUGUAUAUUUUUCAGACUCUUUUGUUUGUUUUUCUAGUAAUUUUGAGGAUGUUUUAAUUUGUUAAUCAAAAAUAUUCUGAAUUGUAACGAAGGAGAAAUAGAUUAGGACAUUUAUUGGAAGACAGAGCAGAAGUAAGUGCUUAAGAAUUUAGCAGAUAUACAGAGGAAAAGCACAGCUUUGUAGAUGUAAGAUUCUCUUAUUGUUUCUGUAUUAAAGUUGUUGAAAAGAAAAGCCAUUGCAGGUAAUCAAAGCAGGCUGGAAAAUUUAGGAUUUUGUGAUUCAAUUUUAAAAGUAAAUUAUUCGUGUCUUCUAAUUUUACUAUAGUCAUAUAGUUAGCUGAUUUUACUUAAUAAUUGGGCGCUAUCUAGAGCUGCAGGGGAGUUAAUUGAAAGCUUUGCAUUCUGUUGUAUAUUUGACCUGAAGUGGCAGGUAUGAUUCUGUAACUGGUAAAAAUUGUUGUAGAUAUACACGAUAACUGUUCUGUUUGCUUGUUUUUAGGCUGAACUCGUCAAUGCAGAACCCACCGAGGCAGAACCCACCAGUGAACUUUGUCCUUUAGAAGCCAAGAAAGAACUCUUGGAGGAAUGUAACGAUAUUUGGGAAAAAUUGGAAGAGUGUCAAAGCAAGCUAAUGCUUCUAGGAACAGAAACACUGCUACAAUCAGAUACCAAGCUUGGCUUGUUAAUGCUGCGAUGGAAAGCUUUAACAGUAGAUUAUCAAGACUGCCAAGAGAGAAGUCCUGAAACAAUUUCUACCAAUCCAUAUUUAUUGUUAGAAUUAGGAAAAGAAGAGUUGCAGAAAGUAAAGAAUGAUCUUGAAAAGGUGCUAUCAGCAGUUUGUUCAAAGAAUAAACAACUAGAAGAAGAUCUGGAAAGAGAACAGCAGUGGUGUGAGGAACAGGAACAGAUAGUAAAUAGUCUUAACAGAAUUGAAGAAGAGACAAAAUCCGAAGUUGAACAACUUUACAAAACAAGAAGAUUGGAGGAACUGCACAAUAAAAUGUUGCAAUUAAAGACAUAUAAGAAAGAACUCUUGAGUGCACUGGGUGAAUUCCUGGAUGAACAUUUUCCCCUUCCACAGGAUAGCGGAAGUGCCAAAAACAGGCAGGCACAUGCAUCUGGGAUUGGGAGUGCAAGUGAAGACUGGGUCACAGCAGCCCAGAACUUUUCUUCAGAGCCAGCUGUAGAACUGAUAACAUUGCAAGAAAUUUUAGAGAUUCUGAUAAAUAAAUUAAUGACCACACCACAUGAGCCUUAUGUAACAAUCAAUGAGUCGUUUUGGCCACCUUACAUUGAGCUGCUGCUGCGAUUCGGAAUGGCCCUGAGACAUCCAGAAGAUCCAAACAGAAUGCGCCUAGAAGCUUUUCACAAAUAGUGUGACCUACAUGUGUACUUAAAAACAAAACAACACCAGUACUCUUAAUCCGGAGAUAGGAUAUACUUAGGCAUCAUAAUAGAUUUCUUUUAUAUUGUAAAUCACUUCUUGUUGGAUGAUUUUUUCUAUUUUUUUGAAGAGUGUAAAAUAUGGCAAAAGAAAAAAGUCUCUUGAAAAAAAAAAUCUCUUUAACUGCUUAACUUCUCAACUUUACCUGUUUAAGUUGGCCUUCUGUUUUAUAACAAGAUUUGCAUUGUGGAAUUUGUAUUUCAGCUGCUUUUAUAAGGCACAAAUUCAGGUAAUAGACAAUGUAAAGAUGUUUAACAGUCCUUUUUACUUUAAAAAUCAUACUUUAUAUAUUACUUCCGUGUUUUAGAUUUUUUAGGUUGCUUCAAGUCUUCCUUAUUUCCUUUAGUAUUUUGCUGUACGCUGAGGAUGCAAAAUUCAGAGUAACACAGUUCCCCCUGUACAUGGCCUUGAAGACAUUUGGAACUAACAGGGAAGUAUCUGCUCAAGAAUGUGCCUUUGCAAACAAAUGUAUUGCCUUCGAGAUAAACAGCUGGGAAAGCUGAAACAUCUUUCUGUGCGAAGUGCUGCAGAGGCUGACUGUGCAACUUUACCUCUACAUGCUUCCCACGUGAUCCAUAUUGUGUUUUGCUAUGUUUCCUAACAGUGUCUGUCUUUGCUUUUUCAGACCUAGUUUAUCAGGUCUCUGUUCUGUUGAUUGCUACAGCUUCUAAGUUAUGUCAGUUGAGGGCUUCCUUCUGACUCAGUGCUGACAUUGUGUGUAAUCUCGGUCUUUUCUGUAGCUAUUGUUAUUGUGGACUUUGAGUACAACAAUUCUGCUUUUGCAUAUCUGUAGUGACUAUACACUUGAAAAUUAAAGUAUGUCUUGUAUUAACCAGACUGCCAUUUAUUGAUAUAGGAACUUUAACAAUUUUUCAGUAGAUAGAAAACUAAAGGGUUGUAUACUAUCACAGAAUGGUUUUAAUGUCACAGCUUUUAUAGAAUGGUUUUUAUGUGGUUUUGUGAUGAGUUUUAAAGAUAAUGUAAGGAUGCAUGGGAGAGGAAGGGGGAACCAAUCUAAGUUCCAGUGCAAUUGCCUUUUUUAGAACAAUAAUUGUU